GAGAGCGACCACCACCCCCUUCGAAACCCCCGCCCGACCAGGACGAGGAUCACACCGGCUCUGAGGGGCUGUACGUCAACAGCCGGAUUGCUGACAGGGAGGGGGAGGAGGACCACCCCUAUGAGCUGCUGCUGUCGGCGAAAACCAAGAUCCCCCCUGGACAAGAGCCUCCACUCCGCACAGACAAGGACAAGGAUGCCGCCCCCCAACCUUCACAAUGCCUCCUACCUCAGUCUCACCAAAAGACAGCCCCGCCCCACGACCUGCGACCCUCAGGCCAGCCCUGUGAUUCGCUGAAGCUGCCAGGAGCGACCCUGGGCCCCGGACGGCCAGGCCCUUCUGCCUCAGGAGAUAGCGACGGGGAUCAAGCCGGCGGGAUACCAGAGCAGUUUUCGGGACUCUUACACGGAUCCUCGCCCGUUCUCGAGAGCAAGGAGGAGCCCUUCACCGUCCCAGGCGAGGCUCCCCUCGCAAGCCAGGAGCCCAGGACUGUGACUGGAGAAGGCCAGGGGGAAGUGGCCCCUCCCGCGGGGGCAGCCAUGCAGGGGCCCCAGGUGCCCAUUGACCCGAAGGCCAUUUACGCCACCGUAGUGCACACCAAGCCCGACAGCAGGGAAGGCGGCACGCUGCCCAGCGGCCGGAGCAGGCCCCCCGGCGACCUCAAACUGGCCCGCAGCCUCUCCAAAUCGGACUCGGACCUGCUGGUGUCGCCCCCCGGUGAGGAGGACGGCCUGGGCAGCCGCAGCGAAUCCGUGUCCAACUGCAGCAGGGGGAAGAAGAGGCUGGAGAAGUCACCCUCUUUCGCCUCCGAGUGGGACGAGAAGAGCCGGGGCUGUGACUUUUGUAGCUGUUCCAGCAGGGAGUUUUCUCCCGUUGAUCAGGAAAACCUGUGCCCCAGGAUAUUACCUCAGUUUCACCGAGGGCAGGAAGGGGAAUUCCAGAAUCCGGCUGGUUCGGUGUACGCUUCAGGAUCCUCACGUUGGCUCAUUAUAGAAAAGUGUGCCCAUAAAGAGAAACCGAUGCCUCCGACCGCAAUACCUCGGAGAGCUAAGUCCUUUCACAGCAUUGAGAAGAUCAUGACCCUGAUCGGGGCCGGGAUCGAGUUCUCCAGGGAGCAGCAGCCCUUGGCCUCAGGCGGUGGGGGCAGCGGCGGCGGCGGCGCCGGGGGCUCGCGGGCACUGGACCAGCCCGUGGGCGACUGGCUGGAGCACUUGGGGCUGCCGCAGUACGAGAGCAAGCUGCUGCUGAACGGCUUCGACGACCUGCGCUUCAUGGGCAGUAAUGUUAUGGAGGAUCAGGACCUGAAGGAGAUAGGAAUUUUGGACCAACAUCACCGGAGGAAGAUCCUGCAGGCAGCACGAUCCCUUCCCAAGGUGAAAGCCCUGGGCUGUGACGGCAGCACCUCCCUGGCCUCCUGGCUGGACGUCCUGGGCCUGCAGGAGUAUCUCCAGAACUUCCUGGCCAGCGGCUACCGCACCAUCGACAGUGUCAAGAACCUCUGGGAGCUGGAGAUCGUCAACGUGCUGAAGAUCAACCUGCUGGGCCACCGCAAGCGGAUCAUCGCCUCGUUGGCCGAGCGGCCUUAUGAGGAGCCACCCAUCAAGCCCCCCCGCCUCUCCCAGAUCAGGUGCCAGGACCUCGUGUCGCAGACCUCGUCGCCCCUCAGCCACGACUCCUACACGGGCCGCUCCACGGACAUGCUCCUGGCCCCGGGGGAUUCUGGGAAGCGCAGGACGGAGCACGAACAUGAUGUCCCGCACCGAUCUCGGAGCGAGCGACAUCAUCGAAGCCACGACCGGCACGAUGACCGCCCCCGGGAGCCGCGGCUCACCCUGCGCCCGCCCAGCCUGGCCACGCCCUACGCCCCCGUGCAGAACUGGCAGCACCAGCCCGAGAAGCUCAUCUUCGAGUCCUGCGGCUACGAGGCCAGCUACCUGGGAUCGAUGCUCAUCAAAGAACUGAGGGGCACCGAGUCAACGCAGGAUGCUUGUGCCAAAAUGAGGAGGUCGACGGAGCAGAUGAAGAAAGUCCCCACCAUCGUUCUGUCCAUCACCUACAAGGGGGUAAAGUUCAUCGAUGCUGCCAACAAGGUGAGGAAGUGAAGGCUAGUGUUAAGAGUGGGCGGGUGAGAGGGGUGGGGGGGCAGGUUCAGCGCAGGACUUUUGCCCCAUCAGCCAGGGCAUCUUCUCCUGCGGCGCCUCCUCUGUGUCGCCCUUUCUGUUGCUCUUGUGUCGCUCGGCCCCUGCGAAGCGCAGACACCUGUGCGGAGCUGAUAAACCUGCCCGGGCGCCGGCGGCACCAAGUAUUGAGCCAGCCCUGGCCCCGAUCUCACACUGCUUAUCUGGGAUGUAUCAGUCCUCUGUGCGUUCGGAGGCCUGUUGCUUUAUCUUUUCCCUCCCGAGAUUAGAUCACCGGAAUUUAAUUCGUUUGUUUGCUGUCUAUCUCUCUCCCGUCUCAAAAAACCCCCCAAAAGGUCAGGUUUCUGACGGGCUUGUCAAGAUUUGACAGGGUUGACCUUUCUCACAAAGGUGAUAGAGAGAGGCUUCUGUUGUGCUGAUUUUUCGUGCUGAUGAACUUCUCCCCCGUUUCAAGGAGGAAAGAGUUUGCUUCUGCUUUUGAGUGAUCCAGCUACAGAGCAGGCUUUUUGAAACGAGUCACUCAACUUCUUUUGUCAAUGGGAGUUUAACUCCUUGGGUUACCAGUCUGGAUACCCUGGCUGUGAAUGGGCUUCAGGGCUGGACCUCUUAAGAGUCUGCAUUCCAGGGAGAGUUAAGUGUGAGCCAUGUUGUACUGUUCCCAG